AUGACAGUUGAUGCUGCUCCUCCAGCUAGGUGGGCGUUCCUGUAUCCGUGGUGUCGAUUGUUGCGUGGUAAAUUGCACUUGGAAGGUCGUACAGCUGAGAACUCAGCGCGAUGGGAGUAUCACUGGGUGGCGGUGAGGUUGCCACAUUCGCAUGAAAAGGCUGAUGUCAACGCUCUCCAACGGAUUCGAGAAGCUCUGGAUUUGCUUUCUCGAGUUGCCAUUGUAGACAAUGCAGCAUGGCGAGCGCUGUUGGUGCAACAGUGUCGCGUUCCGAGGGAUGAAGAUGAUCAACCGCUCGAUUGCGACUUGCACCCGCGAUUCCGUUUUGUGUUUAACGAGAAGUUCGUGGAACCUGGUGCUUUGUCGCCAGAUGCAGUAUGUAAACAAUUUCUCAUCGUGGCAAGUGCACAACGCGCAAGUAACGACUAUUUGGAAGCUAGACGAGCUUUGACAGAGCUGGAAGUGACGUUGGGGAAGAAUGUUGGUAAAGUGAAGACAAUCCCGUUUGAGCUACAGUUCGAGCUCCUGACGCUGCCUGAUGAGAUACUGGAGACGCAUUUGCGUGAUCUCAACUCGAUGCUUGGGAUUCUCCAUACAAGUGACGACAGUUCUAGCGGCUUGUUGCCUCUGGAGCUCGAUUCGAUUCGCUUGGACGUGGGAGGAGUGAACAUGUCUUGGUCUUUAUCGCAGAGGUUGACGAAUCUACUGAACUCGGGACUACCUUUCUCACUGUUUGCGUUCUCGUUGAAGAAAACUACAUCUAAGAGCUACAUGCUAGUGCAAGAAAUUAUCGGCCGGUUCUUACGUUCAGUGCUGUGUGUUGUCGGUGCUGAGCAACGUGGCAUUCAUACACUAUCUGUCGGUUGCCAUGACUGCGAUGAAAGGCAAUUUGCGGCUUUGUGUUCUGCACUUGGCUCUACCUCAUUUACAAAGCAUCUCCGACUGUACGGAGUCUUUGGCACGUCCGAUACGGAAGAGAUGAGAAGGUGGAAAUGGCAGUGGCUUACGUAUGCACUUUUCAGGACAACCACAGACUCAACAGUUGAACGAGCGCUUAUCACAGCAGCCCAAUUGACAAGAGAAGACACUUUAGCUAUCGCUGUAGCCAUCCACGCGAACUCUCCUCCAACUGCUGGGUUAAGCAACAUCACCAUCAAGGAAAACAUGAUGAUUUUUCGUGACUGGAGACACAACACUGUUGGCCACUUUCUCGAAGGCACCGACUUUGUGGUAAUUCAUCAUGACCAAGAAAAUGCUGGUGACGGUCACUUACUCACCGUUUUUCUGGAAACAGACUCCUGGCUUCAUAUUAUGAGCGACGAAGGUGAUCAUUUCGACCGAUUAGCAUCAACGGAUACCUCUACUCACGGCUUGAAGGCUCUGACGCUCGCUUUGGGUCUUCACUUCGGUGAUGAUGGCGGUGAAGUACUCACGGACUUUUUAAACCUUAUUGGAGCCCCGUUACAGUCCCUCGCGCUGUACUCCGUUGGAUCGUAUCCGAUCAGUAUGGCUUGCAUCACCCAAGCAUGUCCUCAAUUAACAGACUUGUUUCUCGAGGGUAUCCAACUCAUAAACUCAAGAGAUUUCUGUUUCGAUGUCGAACGAACUAAAGCGAAGCUGAAGUGUUUGGGUCUCGUGAACGUAUUUACGUCCAACGAGCAGAUCACGCGUCUCAUUGAAGCCAUCGCGUCGCCUUCGAGCCAAAUAGCUCAACACCUGUCCGAGCUCGGGUUGUCCGGCUCUGAGACGUCCUUAAUCGCAAACUAUCGUAUCUCAGUCUCGGGAUGA